GGCUUCUUCUCGUCUUCCUUGGUUGGGUCCCUUUUUUUCCAGUCAAUUUUCUUCGCUUCGUCUUCGCGUUCUGUGUCUCCCCUUCUCCAAUUUUCAGUAUAAACCCUAGUCAAAACCUCACUCGAUCCUUUGAUCGGUUCUAAUUAGAGAAUUAGAUUACUGUUUGUUUCAAUUGGGAGCAUGAAUCUUUUAGAUCUUUGAUGAAAUUGCGGGUCUUCGGCGGCCAGAUCUGUGGCUCUGAGCGAUGAAUCUGCCGCCUGUUGCCCUCUGGAAGGGCAGUCCGGCCGCCGCUCGUGAUGCUCCGGUCAAGUUCUCCGAGCACAUCACUUCCACCAGGAAGACAGUCCCAGCGGUGGGAGGGAGUAGACGCCGGAGGAGGGUCGUUCGCAUACGCUGCACCGACGCAGACGCCACCGAUUCCUCCAGCGACGAGGGGGAGGAUAGUGUCCUGGCUACUCCCCGUCGUCGGAUUAAGAGGCACGUCCAAGAGAUAGCGAUCGAGGCGGGCGUCCGGCCCCACCCUCGCCGGUCACCGACGCCCGAGCUUCCUCGCGAGGCGGGGACGGAUGAGUCCGGACAGAAGAGGUUCCGCGGCGUCCGGCAGCGGCCGUGGGGCCGGUGGGCAGCGGAGAUCCGCGAUCCUUCGCGAGGGAAACGGCUCUGGCUCGGGACCUUCGACACGGCAGAGGAAGCCGCCGCCGUGUACGACGCCGCCGCCGUCAAGAUCAGAGGCGGCAAAGCCGUCACCAACUUCUCCUACCACAAAAUUCCCCCCUCCUCCACCGACAGCAGCAACUCCUCCUCCGCUCGGGAUGACUCCUCCGACAACCCCUUCUCCUCCCCUACCUCCGUCCUCCGCUACGGCUCGGACCCCACCCCUUUCGACUUCCUCAGCUUCAGCAACGUCGACGCCUUCGGCCUCAGCGUCGACCCUCCACUCCACUUUCCCGAGCUCUAUCUCCCGGUCGGGGAGCAUCAGGCGGCGGACGAGGAAUUCGCCGAGUUCGACGCAGGCGACUUCCUCCCCGAGCUAGUAGCGCCUCAAAUGACGAUACUACCCUCGUCUUAAGAUCUUAAAUUUUUGAGAGUUAAAAAAAACAAAAAGAAAAAUGUUCAAACGUGAGCGAAGGUGUGGAAUUGUAUUAUUAUUAUUAUUAUUAUUAUUAUCAAUCGUUGUGUGAUGGAAUAAGUGUGGAAGAGACACUUUUCUUGGAU